AUGGCCAGGGCCCCUCUAUCCUAUGACGACUACACGGUCGGAUGGAUAUCCGCCCUACCUGUGGAGACGGCAGCCGCGAAGCUGAUGUUAGACGAAAUACACCCACCUCUACCUCGCCCGCCGAUGGAUCAAAAUACAUAUAUACUUGGAAGCAUCGGGGAACAAAAUAUCGUCAUUGCCAGUUUACCGAGUGGCGCGUACGGCAAUAUUCCAGCCUCAACGGUUGCGAUGCAGUUGCUGUCUACUUUCCACGCCAUCCGCAUUGGUUUGAUGGUUGGUAUCGGCGGAGGAGUGCCAAGCAGCAAUGCGGAUAUUCGACUAGGGGAUAUUGUAGUGAGCCAGCCGACGUGCACUUCUGGAGGCGUCAUCCAAUAUGAUCUUGGUAAAGCGUUAAGCGGUGAUCAAUUCCAGCGGACAGGGAUGCUUAAUCGGCCCCCCAAGGUUCUGUUGACUGCUCUCGCUACCCUCCAAGCUCAUCACCUCACAGAAGAUACUCGAGUGGUUGAGUUCAUUUCUAGCAUUAAAGUCAAAAUAGCGCCGCACAAAGCUACAAAUUUCGCCCGACCAACCCAAGAGGAUUGUCUAUUCCAAGCAGAAUAUGAACAUAUUACAUCUAGCACCUGUAUGCACUGUGAUCGAACCAAACUAUCUCUACGGCCUCAACGAGAGCACGAAGAACCUGUCAUCCACUAUGGACUGAUUGGAUCUGCAAAUCAGGUAGUGAAAGAUAGCAGGCGGCGCGAUCAGCUAGCUCGGGACUUGGGGGUAUAUUGUGUGGAGAUGGAAGCGGCGGGACUCAUGAAUGACUUUCCAUGUCUGGUUAUUCGGGGGAUCUGCGACUACGCUGACUCACACAAGAAUGAGGAGUGGCAGGGAUAUGCGGCAGCCGUAGCGGCAGCUUAUGCGAAAGAGCUUCUCUUGAUGGUCCCAAUCGAUCAGAUUGCCAGUACCCCGACGGCACGAGACACUCUAGCGGACUCUGUUCACCGCUUUGACGUCCCAUUAGACCUGACGGCUGUGCCAGUGAUUGAGAAUUUCUUGGGAAGGCAAGGCGAGCUAGAUCAACUCUGGCAGUAUUUACGGCCCACGGAUUCCCAGUCACGGAAAGUUACAAUUCUUCAUGGGCUUGGGGGAAUGGGGAAGACACAACUAGCGAUUCGUUUCGCACGAGACCACAAACACGAUUUUACUGCUAUCUUCUGGCUGAGUGGUAAGGACCGCGGCACGCUAUUGCAAUCUUUGAGUUCUAUCUUGCCCCGAUUGCCAGGACGGUCACAUACUGACGUGGCAAUGAAUAACGAGGAGGUGGAGCAACGAGCUAGAGAUGUGUUAAAGUGGCUAGCAAUAGAGGGAAACUCACGCUGGCUCAUUAUUUUUGACAACGUGGACCAAUACUCCCCGUGUGGCCCUAUCGGUGAUGCAUACGAUAUUGCUGACUUCUUCCCUGGAGCUGACCAUGGCUCUAUUCUCAUUACCUCUCGGCUGCAAGGGUUGACAGAGCUGGGGACGUCAUUUCCUAUCCAUAGACUUGACUUGAAGGAUGCGAUCCAGCUACUCUUACAAAGUAGCCGUCUAUCAGUGAAGAAUACAGCGAAGGAGGUUGAGAGCAAUCCAGAUACCGUUGCUCUAGCGAGCCGUCUAGAUGGACUUCCACUGGCAAUCAUCAUUGCCGGGGCGUUUAUGCAUGAAACUGGAACCAGUAUUACUGAGUACUUGCAGUUUUACCAAGAGUCUUGGUCCGACCUACAGCUGCAAUCGAAUCCUGAACGCCAGUACCAACAAGGUAACAUGCUACAAAGCUGGAUGAUCUCAUAUGACGAGAUCCAGAAGCGGAACCCGGACGCAGCGUCACUGCUAUUGCUACUUGCUCGCUUUGAUAAUCGAGAUAUCUGGUAUGAAUUAAUACAAAGCAGCCGUUGUAGCUCAAAUCUCCCAAUUUGGCUCGAAAGGACUAUAUCAAGCGGACUGGCGUUCAAAAACGGUGUUAGGACGCUCAUCGGAUUCUCUCUCCUUGAGUUUAAGGAACAAAACGGAGGCUAUGCUAUGCACCCAGUGGUACAAGACUGGUGUCUUCACCUUGCCAUCGCAGACAAAAAUGUGGAUUCGAUCCAGCUCAGUGAACUGGCACUAAUAUCGGUUGGAUACACUGUCCCCAGUGCAAGUGACAGACAUUAUUCCGAGAUUCAACAACGGCUUAUUCCACACGCAAAUUAUGUAUGUCAUGGGGAUUGGUCAGGCGAUGAUAUUGCGGUGUGGGGAGCAUUCCAUAGUUUAGGAAACAUCUACUCUGAUCAGGGGAAGCUGAAAGAGGCAGAGGAGAUGUACCAGCGAGCACUGGCAGGCAAGGAGAAGGCCCUCGGUCCUGAUUAUACGUCCACUCUUGAUACAGUCAACAACCUUGGGAUUCUAUACUCUGUUCAGGGGAAGCUGAAAGAGUCAGACGAGAUGUACCAGCGAGCACUGGCAGGGUACGAGAAGGCCCUCGGUCCUGAUCAUACGUCCACUCUUAAUACAGUCAACAACCUUGGUCUUCUCUACUCUGAUCAAGGGAAGAUGAAAGAGGCAGAGGGGAUGUACCAGCGAGCACUGGCAGGGUACGAGAAGGCCCUCGGUCCUGAUCAUACGUCCACUCUUCAGACAGUUAAUAACCUUGGGAUUCUAUACUCUGAUCAGGGGAAGCUAAAAGAGGCAGAGGAGAUGUACCAGCGAGCACUGGCAGGCAAGGAGAAGGCCCUCGGUCCUGAUCAUACGUCUACUCUUGAUACAGUCAACAACCUUGGCAAUCUCUACUCUGAUCAAGGGAAGAUGAAAGAGGCAGAGGAGAUGUACCAGCGAGCACUGGCAGGCAGGGAGAUGGCCCUCGGUCCUGAUCAUACGUCCACUCUCAAUACAGUCAACAACCUUGGGAGUCUCUACAAACAUCAGGGGAAGAUGAAAGAGGCAGAGGAGAUGUACCAGCGAGCACUGGCAGGGUACGAGAAGGCCCUCGGUCCUGAUCAUACGUCCACUCUUCAGACAGUCAACAACCUUGGGAGUCUCUACUCUGAUCAAGGGAAGAUCAAAGAGGCAGAGGAGAUGUACCAGCGAGCACUAGCAGGCAAGGAGAAGGCCCUCGGUCCUGAUCAUACGUCUACUCUUGAUACAGUCAACAACCUUGGGAAUCUCUACAAACAUCAGGGGAAGAUAAAAGAGGCAGAGGAGAUGUACCAGCGAGCACUAGCAGGCAAGGAGAAGGCCCUCGGUCCUGAUCAUACGUCUACUCUUGAUACAGUCAACAACCUUGGGAGUCUCUACUCUGAUCAAGGGAAGAUCAAAGAGGCAGAGGAGAUGUACCAGCGAGCACUAGCAGGCAAGGAGAAGGCCCUCGGUCCUGAUCAUACGUCUACUCUUGAUACAGUCAACAACCUUGGGAAUCUCUACAAACAUCAGGGGAAGAUAAAAGAGGCAGAGGAGAUGUACCAGCGAGCACUAGCAGGCAAGGAGAAGGCCCUCGGUCCUGAUCAUACGUCUACUCUUGAUAUAGUCAACAACCUUGGCAAUCUCUACUCUGAUCAGGGGAAGAUGAAAGAGGCAGAGGAGAUGUACCAGCGCGCACUGGCAGGCAGGGAGAUGGCCCUCGGUCCUGAUCAUACGUCCACUCUUGAUACAGUCAACAACCUUGGUCUUCUCUACCCUGAUCAAGGGAAGAUCAAAGAGGCAGAGGAGAUGUACCAGCGAGCACUAGUAGGCUACGAGAAGGCCCUCGGUCCUGAUCAUACGUCCACUCUCAAUACAGUCAACAACCUUGGUCUUCUCUACUCUGAUCAAGGGAAGAUCAAAGAGGCAGAGGAGAUGUACCAGCGAGCACUGGUAGGCAGGGAGAAGGCCCUCGGUCCUGAUCAUACGUCCACUCUCAAUACAGUCAACAACCUUGGGAGUCUCUACUCUGAUCAAGGGAAGAUCAAAGAGGCAGAGGAGAUGUACCAGCGAGCACUGGCAGGCAAGGAGAAGGCCCUCGGUCCUGAUCAUACGUCUACUCUUGAUACAGUCAACAAUCUCGGCAAUCUCUAUUCUGAUCAAGGGAAGAUGAAAGAGGCAGAGGAGAUAUACCAGCGCGCACUGGCAGGGUACGAGAAGGCCCUAGGUCCUGAUCAUACGUCCACUCUCAAUACAGUCAACAACCUUGGGAAUCUCUACAAACAUCAGGGGAAGAUGAAAGAGGCAGAGGAGAUGUACCAGCGAGCACUAACAGGCAAGGAGAAGGCCCUAGGUCCUGAUCAUACGUCUACUCUCAAUACAGUCAACAACCUUGGUCUUCUCUACUCUGAUCAAGGGAAGAUUAAAGAGGCAGAGGAGAUGUACCAGCGAGCACUGGCAGGCAAGGAGAAGGCCCUCGGUCCUGAUCAUACGUCUACUCUUGAUACAGUCAACAAUCUUGGCAAUCUCUAUUCUGAUCAAGGGAAGAUGAAAGAGGCAGAGGAGAUAUACCAGCGCGCACUGGCAGGGUACGAGAAGGCCCUAGGUCCUGAUCAUACGUCCACUCUCAAUACAGUUAAUAACCUUGGGAAUCUCUACAAACAUCAGGGGAAGAUAAAAGAGGCAGAGGAGAUGUACCAGCGAGCACUAACAGGCAAGGAGAAGGCCCUAGGUCCUAAUCAUACGUCUACUCUCAAUACAGUCAACAACCUUGGUCUUCUCUCCUCUGAUCAAGGGAAGAUGAAAGAGGCAGAGGAGAUGUACCAGCGAGCACUGGCAGGCAAGGAGAAGGCCCUCGGUCCUGAUCAUACGUCUACUCUUGAUACAGUCAACAAUCUUGGCAAUCUCUACUCUGAUCAAAGGAAGAUGAAAGAGGCAGAGGAGAUGUACCAGCGCGCACUGGCAGGGUACGAGAAGGCCCUCGGUCCUGAUCAUACGUCUACUCUUGAUACAGUCAACAACCUUGGUCUUCUCUACCCUGAUCAAGGGAAGAUCAAAGAGGCAGAGGAGAUGUACCAGCGAGCACUAGUAGGCUACGAGAAGGCCCUCGGUCCUGAUCAUACGUCUACUCUUGAUAUAGUCAACAACCUUGGCAAUCUCUACUCUGAUCAGGGCAAGAUGAAAGAGGCAGAGGAGAUGUACCAGCGAGCACUGGCAGGGUACGAGAAGGCCCUUGGUCCUGAUCACAAUAGGACCCGGCGACUUGUAGACAGGUUAAAUGCCUUAAGUAUUGCAGAUAUAAAGUAG